CUGCAAACGGGAUAGUCACGUAGGCCUCUGCAUACACAGCUCAGCUCUACCCAACAUGUCGCUCCCAGACUUCACCCAGGACAGCACCCUCGGUGCCUUCGACAAGUACCUUGUCGACAAAUCCUACGUCGAUGGGCACGCACCUUCGCAGGCCGACGUUGCCGUCUUCGAGGUCAUCAAGUCCCCCAACGCCGACAAGUACCCUCAUGUAGCACGCUGGUACACCCACAUCGCUUCCUGGGAGGCAGAGCACCCCAGUCUGCAGGGUGACAAGAAACAGGCUGCCAACAUUCUCAGCAACAUUGCAAACGCCGGCGCUCAGAGCAGUGCUGCCGCAGCUGACGAUGACGACGACAUCGACCUUUUCGGCUCAGAUGACGAAGUGGACGAGGAGGCUGAACGCAUCAAGGCCGAGCGCGUCGCCGAGUACGAGAAAAAGAAGGCCGCCAAGGGUCCCCGUGCAGCGGCCAAGUCUGUCGUCACUUUCGAAGUCAAGCCAUGGGACGAUGAGACGGACAUGAAGGCGCUUGAGGAGUCUGUCCGCUCCAUCGAAAUGGAUGGCCUCGUCUGGGGUGCCAGCAAGCUCGUCGCCGUCGGAUACGGUGUCAGCAAACUGCAGAUCACCAUCGUCGUCGAGGACGAGAAGGUCUCGCUUGACGAUCUCCAGGAACGAGUCGCCGAAUUUGAAGAGCUGGUACAGAGUUCUGACAUUGCAGCGAUGCAAAAGCUGUAAAUGUGACCGAGCGAAACAGGGGGGUAUCUUUUCGUUCUCACACCGUUUCAUGAGGGCCUAUCAUGUAAUCGUCCUUCGGCCCUCCCAGUGCGCCCAAAAGUGAUCGUAUCGCUUUGGCCCAAGACUCGCUGCUCUCACGGCCGGACUCAGCUAGUGCUCUGCUGCUUAAUUUUGCUUUCCAUUCGAAAAGGGUUUCAGCAUGUCGCUCCACCCGAAUACUAUCUAGGUGGACGCUGAGCCGUUCAGCACGUGAGAGCCUCUGUAUCGUUCACAUUCUGACUGUGCGUCACGUCGGUGUAAUCAAAGCCGCACCAUUGCACCACCGCUCCUGGAGGGGCCGAUGCGGGACUGCUGUCACUGGUACUCGGCGCUCAGAACUUCUCCACAUGCUUUUGAAUUAAGAG